AUGCAAGUAUGCCAUGGAUAUCCUCAAAGAUUUCAGAUUCUUGGAGUGCAAGUCAGUAGCACACCUAUGGAUUACACUAUUGUUUCAAAGUUAUCUAGGGAGAGUAGGACUCCAUUGGAAGAUAAAACUGAGUGCAGACAAUUAGUUGGCAGGCUUCUAUAUCUAACCAACACCAGACCAGACAUUGCCUAUGCUAUGGAAACACUCAAUCAGUUCAUCGACUGUCCCACUGAUGUUCAUAUGCAAGCAGCUUAUCGUGUCUUGAAAUAUUUGAAAGGCUAUCCCGCUGUUGGCCUUCUCUUCUUGGCAGGCCAUAAUCUUAUUCUUACCGGAUUCUGA